GGUACAUACCACCGCGAAGCAUCCAGGCAUCUUCGGUGCAUUUACCAGUAAAGCAAAGUACAAAGUACAAUACAUAGGCCAGUUUACGUCCAACACUAAGCCAAAAGUCAAUUCAUGCGACGCAAUCGAACCAAACUCCCUCCGCAUUCCAAUUCGAAUUAAGCAACCAGCCAAGGCACCGCACGCUGCAUGCACCUUCUUGAACCGGGCGACCGCGACUCCGGUCCAAGACAAUUCUUCCAGAAAAAAAAUAGGAGAGAGCCGACCUCGAAUAUGGAAACGAGAUGAGGUCGGCCAUUCGAUCGCAUCCACGCCACGCCACACGGGAAACACACUACUACCUCUACGGAUUACCGUGGGUAACAUACGCCAAAUCGGUCGGGGAUGGCUCCCAGCAGCCUUGCACCACCACCGCCCAUAUCUAUCACUCCCGCUAUCAAGACUCCCGACGACGACGACGACGGCAGCGACGACGAUAACCCCCAGGUGGACUUGGAUUACGCCUUGUACGAUCGUAGGAGCUUACUUACACCCGACCGCGAUACUUUCUACGAUCCCAAUCGCUUAUCGCCUGUAACUCCCACUUUCCAGAUCAACGACUUCUCCAGCCCUCCCAACAUGACGUCCAGCUCGGCCGGUCUCAACGAAAAUGCUUCGCCAAUCGACAUCCCCGGCUCCUCCUCCUCCUCCAAUGGCGCCCCGAAUCCCUUCAACUUCCAGACCCAGGUCAUCUCCACCUCCCCCGUCAAGCCAAACGUUGGCCAGCGCCGUGGCCACAAGUACAAGCACUCGAGCAUCAGCGCCCAGCACCAGAUCUUCCAAGAGCCGCCGCCGCGUCCGCCGCUUGCGUUGCCGCGCGACCUGCCCAUACCCACCGUAAAAGAGGCUUGGAAGUCUAUGUCCAAGGACCAGCGCCACCGGCUGUAUUGGUGCAUAUGCCACGGCGUCAUCGCCAUAUCCGUCUUCCUCUCCGCCCACGGCUCCCUCGCCAUGACAGCCCUCUCCCACCUAGUCCUAUUCGACGUCGGGUCCGCGCUGAUCUGCGUAGCCGUCGAGGUCCUAGGCAACUUCGAGGUGUGGAAGCGAAGCAGCAUCCGGCAUCCCUUCGGGUUGGAACGCGCCGAGGUGCUCGCCGGCUUCGCCCUGAGCAUCUUCCUUAUCUUCGGCGGGUUUGACCUAGUCAGCCAUAACUUGAAGCACGUCCUCGAGGGCAAAGGCGGACACUCGUCGCACCACCCCGAUCCCCACGACGGACUGGCCCCUAGAGUCCCGCUCGGAGACGUUGAUAUGGCGAGUCUAGCCGCCAUCGUCGCAACCCUCGUGAGCGCGUAUGGGCUAAGAAACCACGCUCGCAUUAGCAAGGUCAUGCGUGUGAGCUACCUCGCCAGCCUGCCCAGCGUCCUCUCGAACCCCUUCCACUUUCUAGCGCUCUCCACGUCCGCCCUUAUGGUCGUGCUCCCCCUCCUAUACAUUCCCAUCGGCGUCCUUCUCGACAGCACUAUCUGCGCUCUAGUAGCCAUAGCCAUGUUCGCGCUCGGCCUUCGUCUCGCCAUAGCCCAGGGCCUGAUGCUGCUGAUGAGCUACGGUGGACGCUCCGGGUCCGGCCGGAACAAGGACGUCGGCGUCGCGGAUGUAGUGCGUGAGAUCGAGGCCGAGCCGAGCGUUGAACGGGUCGAGGAGGCACAGUUCUGGCAGGUGCACUAUGGUCUAUGCAUGGCGAACCUCAAGCUCUCGGUUAGUAGGAGCGCCGACGACGCGGCCAUAAGCCGCCUUCGCGCUCGCGUGUCGAGCCUGAUCCAGAAUCGCCUGGGCGAGGGGUACGGCAAGGGCGGCAGCUUGAGAUGGGAGGUCAGUCUGCAGAUGGGCACAGCAGGGACGUACUAGCCAGGUGGUAGUGGUAGGUAGGUAGUGGUGUGUUCCUUUUUCACGCAUACAUGGCUUUCUUGAGUUCGGGAAAGAAAAAGAAGAAAACUUAGGAAUCGGGGGGUAUACAUACCAUGCAUACAUGCAAUACAUAAUGAGGGCGGGCGGUGUUGGCAUUGGCGUUGUCGUUGUCGUUGUCGUUGUCGUUGCUAGACCUAGAUAGGCAUACACACAAAAUCCAGACUAGACUAGAGUGUAUGAGGCGAGGGGGGAGUUAAGAAUGGAUGGACGGAUGGAUGGAUGGCGCAUACGUCUUGAUACUUUUCGCUGUAUAUAUAUAUAUAAAUCUUUUCUUUUGGCGGCGCGGCUUUGUACAUACAGACAUACCUAUACCUAUACCUGACCUGUUUUUACAACCUGUGAGCUUGAAACGGGCGCGGGGAACGAAAUAGAUAAAUAAAUUAACAGUCAGAGAAACGGAACGGUGUUUGCUUGUGCUUUGAGAGUAUAGGAGCUUGUGGUGUGUAGUAGUAGUAGUAGUGGU